AUUUUGACGAAUACCACAGCAUUAUAUAGGAUAGUAUGAUUGAUAUAAGAAAGGCAUCAUUACACCACUAGGUGGAUUAAAACAGGUUUUUCUGUUUCAAAAUGUUAAUGAAAUCUGACAAAUUUAUUAUUAUUUGUUCAAACACAUCUGCAAACAUGACAGAAUAAUUUGGCUUUACUGUAUAGUACACUUGGACGCUCAUACAUACAUGCCCAGUCACAGGGGUUAAUUUCGAUUUCGCUUUGUUAUCACGUACGUAAACACGACUGUUUGUAUCGUUCUGAGUUGAAUAUUUUUCAAAAAUGUCGCGAAAAAAGCGUUUGGAUAUGGAUACAGAAACUGAAGAUCCUCCCGUAGAACCAAUUUUUAGCAUCGUUUCAUUCGAGUGUGACGAUAUCAAAACGGAACCGCUGGAUGACGAAUGUUUCGAAGCGGACCCAGUUUUUAAUCGGACAUGUAGCAAACCUCCCGGCACCAGUGUGGCUGUUCAAACUACCAAACGUAAGCUGACUAAUCGAAGCGUUCAGGUGGAUUUGCAGCUGGUGUCAAAGAACGAGUUGAUCAGCGGUCAUUCCGGACCUCCCGGUUCGGACGAAGCCCUUAGCUUGGACACAACGAAAGGAUCGUUGGAAAAACAGUGCCGCAUAUGUUUGCGACAACUGCCCGACACUAGUUUGUCGUAUAUCGCAUUUGCUCAGAAAACCAAAAUUCUGAAUGCACUGGGUGUGAAAAUUUACUUGGGAGAUGCUUAUCCAUUUAUUUGUCGGAACUGUACGACUCUGGUGGACAUGAUGUAUGAUUUCCGAAACACUUGUAUUAAAGCACGAAACAUGUUGGUACAUGAGCGAAAAUUCAUCCUAAACGGUGGAUGGGAUUCCUUAGACAAUUUUCAGAUUAUUGAGCGAUGUAAGGCACUCAUAGAAUCACAUAAACAGAUCAUUGAUGGUGCCUAUGAGGCUUCUUCGUUUAAUAAAGUUACGAACGAGGAGGAAGUUAAGAUAAAACCCGAAUCGAUUGAACUGGUAAUGGUGGAUGAAAUCACCAGUAAGCAUUCAAUGUCAAGCAUAAAGGACUCCCCAUCGGAAGAAGAGGAAGACUGCAGUAGCCACUCUCAAACAGUCGACACGAAAGUGACGUCCAAUAGUUACUUCACGGACCAAGACGAAUGUUCAGACGAAAGCAAUAAUCAUUUGGAUGGAGAUUAUAAAAUGGAUUCAGAUGAAGAACCAAGUACUGAACCGUGCGUGAAAACAUCGAAAAGGAAGCGAAUCAGGAUAGUUACAAAACCGUAUCGCAAACGCCAGAAAGUAAAAAUAACGAACGUGGACGAUAGUUUGCCACUGCAGGAAGCCGACGGGAAAGUUAGGAAAAAACGGAAAAAUGCCGCCGAUCCAACCCGUAAACGAGGAGCGCUUUGCGAUUUCUGCGGUGAAUGGGUCGAAUAUCACACGGUGGAAAGUCACAAAAAUCAGCACUUAGGUAUCAAACCGUACACAUGCCAAUCAGAAGGUUGUAGAUUGUCUUUCUACUGUCGGAAUUUAUUGAUAAAACAUAUCAAAAGGCAGCACAGAGCAGAUGGACCGGAAUACAACGACUGUGAAAUUUGCGGUCAGCGUAUCAAGGGCCCAAAGGCAGCUUUGAAAAAGCACCAGAAAACACAUACGGAAGAAAAGAAUUUUAUUUGUGCUGUUUGUGGCAAAGGUUUCACCACACAGGGAUAUUUACGGCAGCAUUCGAUUAUUCAUACCGACUUGAUGCCAUUUGAGUGUAGCAUAUGUAAUCGGAAAUUUAACAAUAAGUACAACAUGUUAACUCAUGAAAAGAAGCACCAGUUGCGCGGUGAAAUGACCGCUUCCGAUACUACCGGUGUAACUCAACCAGUUGAAACAACUACGCCCGCAUUACCGUCUUCGGUGACAGGUGACUUUUCCGCAUACCAACCGAAUUAUUCGUCGCAGCAUCAAACGUUGCUGAUGCACCCGCAGUAAUAGGAAGUGACGAUAUCUGCGGAAAGGAUCCUUCAAUCUUUUGUAUAUAUUCACAAUAAUAAGAAAUAUUAACAAAAUGAAACUACCGCGUUACUUGGAAAAAAAACCACUAUUUUAAUUGAUUUUUCGUUUGCACAGAGGUCAUUACAUUUUUCUUGAUUUUUCUUUUUUCUAAAUAUGGAAAUACCAAUGCUACCAUCAUCAAUUUUACUGUCAUUCAAAUCUACAAGGGACGAUAGGGUUGUUGGAACUAUUGACGAAGGACUGCACAACUAUUGUAAAAAUCGUUGCUCAAACUAGUUUCGAAUAUUUAGGCAGCAGCUUUUUCUAAAUGCUAUUUAGCAUAGCAUUUAAAAAAGCUGCGGAAUACAAAAAUUGGAUAAGUGCUAAUUAGUUUGGAAAACAUGUUUAUUUAUUUUGGAAUGCAAAAACCGGAUAAAAACAUUGAUUACAAAACUCGGACACGGAUUUCUGAAUUACAGGGUAAAUGUUAUAAAAAUUGCGAGCCGUCGUUCUGAGCGAUAAUGCAAAAUAGGGAAAACAUCUGCUAAAUUUGUCUCAAAAUGAUACCAGAGCUCCUAAACGAAAUCUCCUCUCAUUUUCUUAGAAAUGAAACCA